AAAAUCUUCAAAACCUAACCUUAUAAAAAUUAAGAUGUAAUUUUACUCCUUAUCAGUUAAACUUAUCACAUUCAUUUACUGGGCCAAUGGUAAAUAUAAGGCAGAACUUUAUUAAAAUUACAUUUUCAGUGGAUUUUUGCAAAAUUUAAUUAUGGAUCUGACAGAAAAUAUUACUCAGGGUACUCAACACAUCAAAGAUGGAAUUAUUGACUUUACAGCAGGUUCUUUAGCUGGGGCAGCAUGUGUGUAUGUGGGUCAACCCUUGGACACAGUAAAAGUUAAAAUGCAAACAUUUCCAGAACUGUACAAAAAUAUGGGUAGUUGUUUUAUGCAAACUCUGAAAAAUGAUGGAAUUUACAGGGGACUUUAUGCAGGGACUGUUCCAGCACUAGCCACUCACAUAGCAGAAAAUUCUGUUUUAUUUUUAUGUUAUGGUUUUUGUCAAAAAAUUAUACAAAACGUGACUGCUACGAAACGAGUGGAGGACCUUUCAGUUGUGUCCAAUGCUACUGCAGGAUUUUUGGCCUCAUUCUUCAGUUCUUUGGCAAUUUGUCCUACAGAGUUGGUGAAAUGCAAACUACAGGCCAUGAGGGAGACUUUAAAACAAUCAAAAGUUCCAAACAGUGAUAUACACCUUAUGGGUCCUGUCAAUCUUACAGGACAUAUAAUUAGAACUGAAGGCGUUACGGGUUUGUUCCGCGGUUUAAUACCGACGCUUGCUAGAGAAAUGCCCGGAUAUUUCUUCUUUUUUGGCGGAUAUGAAGGAACCAGAGAAUUGCUCAGAAAGCCCGGCAAAAAAAAGGAAGACAUUGGUCUCUUUAGAACAAUGAUAGCCGGUUCCGUAGGUGGCAUCGUAUUUUGGGGGACGACUUACCCGAUUGACGUCGUGAAGAGCAGGAUACAAGUGGGCAAUUCAAAUGAAAAUCUUGUUAGAACUAUGUUAAAGAUUAUUAGAAAUGAAGGCCCCUUGUCCUUGUAUCAUGGUUUGACUCCUACACUUCUCAGAACGAUUCCAGCCACUGCUGCCCUUUUUGCAACUUAUGAGUACUCAAAGAAAUGGCUAACCUAUGCGUCUCAGGAUUUGUAACUGCCCAGAAAUUGAUCAAGUGAUUUUUUACCAAAUUAUAUGUGAUGGGUCCAAAUGUUGAAUAUUGUUAUACACAGCUAUUUUUAUAUGUUUACUAAAUGUUUUAUAUUAUACUUUGUUUUUAUACAUGUGCAGAAAUACACUGGAUUUUCCUUA